AUGGUCCUCAUAAGGCAUCCAUCGUGUUUGCUACCCCUGACAGGUUCUGCAUCCGAAUUUAAAGGUCCCCGUGGCCCAUUAAAGCACCGCUGCAGCCUUUGCCUUGAGCCAAAACCUAAGCUUUCCAGAUGUGCAGGCUGUCAAGUGGUCCGCUACUGCUCCCGAGAGCACCAGGUACAGCAUCGCCAAGAGCACAAAUCAGUUUGCAACAAGAUUAAAAAGUGCCGCACAAAGCUCAACAAAGAGGAGCAUGAUGUUCGCAAUGCAGAGCCUGAUUACAUAACACCCCAUAAUGCAUUCGAAACUCACGUUGGGUAUUUCUGGGGCCUCCUCAACACUCGAAACUACAUGCGUGCACGGUUCGACUUAGCAGAUACUGUCCGCAGAUUAGGGACACUGGACGGUGUCAUUGAGGGACUUGAUCACAUGCGGGAUAUGCUGCGGCUGAGCAGAGCCGACAACAUGGGGGUACGAGACCUCAUACCUCCAAUGAUGCUACGACUGGAUCAAGACCAAGAAUGCUAUGACUUCAUCAAGUGGCAUGCGACAGAUGGGGAGCGCGGUGACUAUGACUGGGGUCAUAUGGACUUAGCAUUCCUCAACGUCAAAGAUGCCAACUUGCUUGAAGAGGUUGGAUAUCUGGACCAACUUGGGCAUGUUCAGCAUACCUCUGCGGUGAUGUUGCUCAAACUGAAACUGCUCAUCGACAUAGUCAACAUCAAGCUCGCCCGAAAAGUGUCUGCAACUCGCUUGCCUCCCCAGCUAUGGAAACAUGUCGAGUUCCACGUUGUCCGAAGCCCAAUCAGCCGCCAGUGGGUAGGAGAGCCUUAUCAUAUCCUCACUUACUUACAGCACAAGUUUCGACUUCAUGUCAAGCUUCUCGCCAGAUCCAUCCAGAUCUGUAACAAACACUUUGUCUAUGUUCUCUUGAACGCUGAUGAGCAUUUCGGUAGCAACCCAACAUAUUGGUCGCCAGGCUCGUUGGAGGAGAUCGAAUUGCUUUUGCAAUACAGCUAUGCCGCUUGGUGGGAGCAUGAGGGCGCUUUGGAGCUGCUGCAGUCCGCCAAGUCCAUCGCAGGCAAAGACUCAGAGGAUGAGAUUGAGGACAUGAUGAGUGGUAAGACGUUCAGAAACAAUCCCGGAUCAGACAGGACUAGGGAAGAAUUGUUGGAUGAUGUGAGUCGCAACCGACUUUGGGCAUAUCUCGACGACGCCGUGGAUGAUGCCCAGUGUCUGAGCGAGAAUCAUCCUUCUGAAGUCAGGAGGUUAGAGAGAAAAGCGACGUGGGAGGCGGCUAAAGAGGAAGAGGGUGAAUACAGCAAAGACGAUGGGGAUGACGAUGACGAUUACGAGAGCGAGUCAGAUUGA